CUGCGACGUAUCGUAUUCUCUUCUGAACAGGGUGGCCGACUGCGUCGAGUUCGCCUAUUAUUCGCAGGCCAGGCCAGCUCCACAAACCUUGCGGCUACCUACAGCACGAAUCGGUACCAUUCGACAUCGACGACCGAGACAGCGACCGCGACAUCGAGACCACUGCCUGCAGCAAUACCAUCGCAGCUCGCACCAAUUCGCAGCUUGGGACACAAGCCUCUCGCGAAGCAGCGGGAGUGGUGAGCCCGACAAUUCGCUACGACCACACAACUACGAGUCGCCGGAGACUUGCACAGCUCGCCCGGAGCGGACACAGCUCGUGGGGACAGCCUGCUCUCCCCCUCAAAAGUCGAACGAUCUGCUAGGCGCAGCGAGUGGACAAUACAGACGAGAAGGGACAAGGUGGACAGACAGCACAGGCAGAGACAAUCUCCCAGGUCGUCGACGACGUGUCUGUGGGCAUGGAGUCGUUUGCGACGUAUCUCAGGCAACUGCUCCAGAGCAGUGCAGCAACCAACAUUGCCAGUCCAACACGUGCUCCGACGGGAAGCGAUGAUGCAGAUUACUAUCAGCUGUUCAAGGCAGACCUACAGCAAAUGACCAAAGAUCCCCAGCAAGCAGAUCAUAUCGCGCGAGUUCUGGACACCAGCGAUCCCGACCUGUUGCGCGACCUCAACCUACAGCCAUUCUUCGAUCACUUUGACUUCGAUGCCAUUGCACGAGUGGCACUGCUUCAGUCUCUAGCAACAGCCACCAACGCUGAUUUGAGGCAUAAAGCGGCCACCAGUCUCGUACAGACAUUCCCACUAGCGCUCCAAGCGCUCGCCCAACCCCUUCAGUCCACCGACGCCGAUAUCAAUCCAUCGCCGACAGUAUUAGCAUCCAUUGUCGAACGAGUUAUCCACGACCCGCGCGGCUCCAGCGACGAGCUCCGCGAAAACCUCUUUUACGCCGUCCGCAUCUACUACCGCACCCGAGGUCUGCGCACGCCUUAUGCCGUGGAGUCGGCGAUGCUGCUGGACGAUCUGCUGCAGUCGCAGCAAGACUCGCGUCUCGUGAAGAAAUUCCAGGCUGCAGGCCCAGAUGCCACCGCCAGUCUCGAUGCCUGCAAAGAGGUGUUGGCUUCUGCGGAGACACGCGACAUCUCCUACCCGCAGAUCGCGAAUGUGCUCCUGUACAUGAUCAUCGUGCAAGAUGGCGAGGCCUAUAACCCGAGCGUGUUUGUGGAGGCGGUCCGACAGCACCGCGCAGGAGCACGGAUAGAUUGGACAGACGUUGUCACAGGAUUCGACAAGGAGGGGCUCAGAGUGACCAAGAAACAGUUCCUGGCGCUUUACAAUGCGCUGCUUCCGCUGGCAAGAGAAUAUGCCAACUUUGACAUCCAACUGCUGUGGGGAGGCCAAUGGCAAUGGUCUGAGACGCAACUCAGUUUCGUGGUUGCCUUCCUCUCCACCAAGCCAGAAGAGCUGGACGUGAUGCAGAUACCAAAUCUCAGGCAGGCAUUCGACCUGACCCAUUACGCAACGGCUUCAGUCACUGUUCGAGCUUGCGCCGAGGCCGCCAUCAAGCACCCGUUGGUGUCCAAAGAUGCCACGCAAGCCCUCUUCUCCAUGAUUUUCCGGUCACAAGACACGUACAACAUGUCACAGCAGCUGGGAAUUCCCGAUACCAUUGUGAAUCCCAACAUGGCAACUUUUGUGUGUGCAGCAGCAGCUACCGACAGACCCUGGGGACCACUGCAGGAGCAAGCUAUGAAGCAGUUGUUCUAUCCAUUUCUGAUCAAGCGUCACGACAGCCACGAGUUCGUCAUGCACACGCUCUGGCACCACGAUAAGACCUGGGUGGCCUCUCGUCUCGUCGAUUACUACACUCCAGAGCCGCUCCUGCUGCCCAUCAUCUACGAUCACGCCCUGGUACACGGUUGGCUUGAGCUGCUAUUCACGUUGCCCACGAGCUUUGCUGUGGAUCUCGCCGCAUAUGCGCAUGGGAAGGGUCACUGUGACCUGGUAGCAUUUGCGCAAAACCACAUGACGUCUAUGGGACCGGGCAACUUCGCGGUUGCCAUCACACAAUUCGUAGAAGGCAAGGUUGACGACGAGCUCUUGGUGCAGAAGGAAGGAGUCGCCGCAUCGUCCGCACCGCUGACUGUGAAGACCUUGCAUGCCUUGCUGGAGCUGAUUGCCGAUGCUAUGUUUGAAGAACACAAGGGUGACGUCUUUCGCAAGUGUCUCACCACGUAUCCCAGGUUGAUCAACUACGGCGAGGAUGAUCAACGCGACGCUCUUCUUGAUACCAGCGAUGAACAGGGCCACGCGUUGCCUCAGGGCGCGACCGACCAUAUGGAACAGCAGUACAAGGACAUGUAUGGUGCUCAAACGAAUCCUAGCGAUGUCAUCACUGAGCUCAAGCGAUUGAAGGAAUCCGAGGAUCCAAUGGAGCAGGACCUGUUCGCUGCGAUGAUCUGCGGUCUCUUCGACGAGUACCACUGCUUCAGCGAGUAUCCAAAUGAAGCUCUGGCCCUGACCGCUGUUCUCUUCGGUGGCCUCAUCUCCUAUCGUGUGCUGUCCGGCAUUGCGGAACAGGCGGCGAUUUGCAGCGUCUUCGACGCGGUGUCGAGAUUUCAGCCAGAGGAUCAGAUGUAUCGCUUCGGACUUCAAGCGCUAUUGCAUGUGCUGCCCCGUCUUAAGGAAUGGCCACAGCUUGCAGAGCGUAUCCUCCAUAUCCCUAGCCUGCGUUCUACAGAUGCUGUCACAGCCGCUGAGAAUGUCCUGAGAGAGUUGCAGCAGGAGUCGGGUGGCAUGAACGGUGACGGCACCAAUGGCAUCGCAAAUGGGGUGCUCGAUGACGAAGACUUUGAGGUCAUGGCACCUGCUUUCAGUGCUAUCCAGGUUGACCCGCCGAAUAUGGAAAUUGAAUACGAAGAGCCCAACGAAGAAACAUCAGACAAAGUCAUGUUCGUCUUGAACAACGUCUCUAAGCGCAACCUGGAAGAGAAGUUCAAGGAGAUUGAGGAGGCGCUUGACGAAAAGUACACCCAGUGGUUCGCUCAUUACCUGGUCGAUGAACUCGCCAAGUCGCAGCCAAACUUCCAAGCGCUGUACUUGCAGAUCUUAGAGAACUUCAACAGAAAGCUGCUGUGGGCUGAAGUUUUACGCGAGACAUACAUCAGUUGUCAGAAGAUGCUCAACGCUCAAAGCACCUUGGACAAUUCGCACGAGCGUGCUACCAUGAAGAACUUGGCUGGGUGGCUGGGACAAAUCACACUUGCGCGGAGCCUGCCCAUCCUGCACCGUAACCUCUCCUUCAAGGAUCUUCUGUUGGAGGCGUAUGAUAAUGAACGGCUUCUCGUUGCCAUCCCAUUCACUUGCAAGACUCUGGUACAAGCUUCGAACUCGAAAGUCUUCAGACCACCAAAUCCGUGGAUCCAGGAGCUACUUGGCUUACUGAGUGAGCUCUACCACGGCGGAAAGCUCAAACUCAACAUGAAGUUUGAGAUUGAAAUGUUGUGUCGCGAAUUCAACAUGGACAUCAAGGACAUUGAGCCGCUCGAUAUCAUUCGAACUCGGCCAUCAUUAGAGCAAAACAUGUUGCAGAACUACAUACCUGAAGGCGGUCCGGACGCGUUUGGUGAGAUGGCCUUGAUGGGUUUGUCUAAGCGUGGACCCAGCGAACGCUUCUCGCCCGAGGCUGUCAUGUCGCAGGUCCCAGAUCUGGGCCACAUGUUGCACAUUCCACAGGCGGUCGGCACCACUACCCCUCAACAGAUGAAGAGCAUAUUCGUCACGGCCGCUCAGCAAGCCAUAUUCGAGAUCAUCGCACCCGUUGUCGAGCGCUCCGUGACAAUUGCUAGCAUUUCCACUUCUGAGCUCAUACAAAAGGACUUUGUCACCGAGCCCGAUGCCGGAACCAUGAGCAAUUGCGCUCAUACUGUGGUCAAGUCACUGUCAGGGAGCCUCGCUUUAGUAACAUGCAAGGAACCGCUGCGCAUGAGCAUCACCAACAACAUUCGCCUCUUGGCAGCUCGGAGUCUGCCGGAGCAGCUGCCGGAAGGCCAGAUCCUCAUGUUCGUCAAUGACAAUAUUGACACCGUCUGCCGACUCGUGGAGCAAGCGGCCGAGGACCAUUCUUUGGCAGAGAUUGACCUGCAAUUGGGUGAUGCAAUCAACGAUCGUCAGCAACACCUUGAGCACAGGCCGAAUGAGCCGUUCUCUCAAGUCCCGGUCAGCCGCUGGUCCACUCUGAUCCCGGAGCCCUACAGGCAAGAUCAGAAUGGUUUGAACAGGCAACAAUUGGCAUUGUACGAGGAUUUUGGUCGUCAGGCCCGUAUUCCUCCUGCCGGCGGCUCGGCUUCGCAAGACGGCACUCGUCCUCUCGACGUCCUGGGCGAUGGCUACCUUCCCAACAUGCCAACUCCUGCCGAGGCCCCUGCCAUGCCACAUCCGGGUCAAAAUCAACGGAUGCCUGGUAUGCAAGUCGCGCGUGCUCACGUCAACGGCCUGAUCGAUCCUGCCACCGUAAACGAUCGCAUCAUUGCCCUGAUGUCGGAGCUCCAGACCGCCUCAAGAGAGGCGCCUGAGGAACAUAUCAGCGAAAUUGGUGAAGGUGCCACAAUCCGCCGCGUGUAUGGUCAACUGCUCACCCUUAUUGAGAGUGCGCCACAGUUUGAAAAUACGGUGCUGGCCUGUGCCAACCAUUGUCUUCUACUCAUCUAUGGCGAUGCGCAGAAGCGUCUAGAGAUUGAAGUUUUGGCCCGGUUCCUGACCCAACUCUGCCGCAUGUCGCAGCAAGCUUGCCGACAGAUCACCAUGACGAUUGCUACGGUCGAGGACGAUCGCAUCUUCAAUGCGCCUGCCACAGUCGCACUCCAUAGCGAGGCCUUGCUUGACAUUCAUCACAUCGAUUCUCUGAUUAGUAAAGCACUCAGGCAGCGGCGUCUGAUCGCCAUGGACUUCUUUGGCGACAUCGUCGAAGACUUACUGCUGGGCGAAAAUGCCGUGGCACACCGUGCUGAAUUUGCUCAAUCGUACGAAGCUCUCGCUCAGUGGAUCAACAGCAUACCUGUGCCGAGCCCGGAGGCUUCUUCAGAACCCCUUCCACAGGAAUUGGUCGUUGCCAGGGAGAUCAUGAACAGACUUCACCAAGCAGCCGUGCACGCGAACGGACUCCCAAGCCCCGAGUCUGACUCGAAGCAAGUCGAUCAGCAGGAGUACCUGUUCGAGGAAUGGAUCAAAUUACAGAAGGAUCAUCAACCCGAGAACUAUCGCUAUCUGGCCUUCGUGUCCCAAUUGCACGAUCGAGGGGUGCUGGCAAACCCAGAGGACACUGUCGUAUUCUACCGCAGCUGCAUAGAGUACUCGUGCAGUCAUUUUGAGGCCGUUACAGCCAGACCGUACGGAACCUUCGACUUGGCCUAUGUCGGCAUUGAUGCACUGGCGAAGCUCGCAGCUACCCUCGUACUUUACCAGGGAUCUUCCGAAGCCAGCACAAAUACCAACCAGGCAAAAUCACUGGAGGCUUUCGUGAGUCUGGUCAUCCUCGUUAUGAGCGACUAUCACAACCGAAGCGUUGAGCGCUUCAACAGCCGAGUAUUCUUCAGGCUCUUCUCGUCUCUACUCUGCGAGAUUGACAACAACCGCUCGCAACUAUCAUCAGAGCAGGACGCUGAAGUCUACAAGGUCUUCAGCACAGCACUCCAAGUCAUGCAGCCGCGGUACUUCCCGGGUUUCUUGUAUUCGUGGAUUGCGCUACUCAGUCACCGCCUCUUGAUUCCAGCAUUCCUGGUAAACGGUCGCGGCAACGGAGGAUGGAAUCAGUUCACAAAGCUCCUUGCAGUGUUGUUCAUCAACCUUGACGAUCUUUGCUCGUCUCCUGAAGCAGCAAUUGUCGCUCCCGAGUUCUACCGUGCGGUAGUCAAGUUCAUGAUGGUGCUGCACCACGACUUUUCGGACUACUUGGUUGAAAAUCACAUGCAGCUGAACGCGGUUAUUCCGGUGCAAUUCGGUCACUUGCAAAACAUCGUGAGCGCCGCAGUCCCGCAAACGGCACAAUUGACGCAGCCGAACCCAUUCACUUCUGGGUUGAAGAUCAACCGGCUCGAGCAGGUUCGCGUGCCGCCGAGCGUUUAUUCUGAUGUGGACAAUGUGCUCCAUGAAGCUGGUGUCAAGGCAGUGAUGGAACGUGUUUGUGAGGCGAACGACCUCAGCGAGCAGAACUUCGCCUUCCUCAAAGCGGUAGUGGACCGCGAGGAUGGACAGAUCAGUCCCAUCCUCUUGAAUGCGAUGGUGCUCUAUGUCGGAGUUACUGCCACCUCUGCCUCCUCGGUGUUCUCUGCAGGUGCCGCACAAGCUCGUCUCAUCACUCGCCUCUUGCAGGAAAUUGGUCAUCGAGCUCGUUACCACCUCGUCUGGGCCGUCACGAACCAGCUCCGCUACGUGAACUCCCACACUCACUACUUCUCCACUGCUGUGCAACACAUCUUCAGCACUAGCCAGCAGGACUUGCAGGAACAGAUCAUGCGUGUCAUUUGUGAGCGCAUGUUGAUCACGCACCCUCAUCCUUGGGGUCUGCUGGUGUUGCUGCUGGAGAUGAUUAAGAAUCCUAAUUACAAUUUGCUGGAGCAGCCUUGGGUUCGAGCUGCACCACAAGUCGAGGAACUUUUACUCACUCUCACGCAUUCGAACAGCCCGCACAGCGCACGUCAUUAGGCUGACGAUGAUGACUGGCAAGCGAAGCUCGCGAGUGCAGUCACGGUGGUCUUAGCGCGAACACUUUCAGCUGCCGAAAAGUUGACUGCAAGGCAUACGCGGUUGAGUCAGAAGUUAGCUGCGACCCAUCCAGUUGAGGAAAAGAGUGCGGUGCCGGUGUCACGCCUCUCUGAUUGGCCAUCGAUUCAGGACCCAAGAUUCCAAAGAUCACAGAAGCGAGAGACGGGCGCGAGAGACUGACCAGGUCGACAGAGCUUAGACUCAAUUCGGGAAGGAUAUCUAGGACGGCGUCGUGUAAUUUCGUUUGCUGAUGAGCCCCUCACUUUGACAAGAGGGGAAAAGACGGCAGCUUGUGGGUGGAGGGUGUGUCAUUUCCUUUCAAGGUGUGACAUGUAGUAGUAGUAAGAGCAGCACAUUCAUGCAUGGGGCGGCGUCACACAGGCGGACUAAUCGGAUUGCAAUGGCUAGAAUGGGGCCGGGCGGGUAAAGACAAAAGAAUCAGGUCAGACUUUGUCGGUAACGAGACAGAUGAUUAUUUGUAAAGUAGUGCAUAGUUGCUAACGAAUACAUUGGGC